UGGCCAUCUCUAUUUAUGAUAAAAAUUAAGUAAAAUUGAAAUUACAGAAAAAAUGACUGAAGAAGCCAACAUUCCCGGACAAAUAGCUGAUGGCAAGAACAAAACCAAUGUGCGCUGCCAGUACUGCAACAGUUUAAUGUUGAAGGCGAGCGAGGGGAGCUACAGCGAGCAGGAGAUAGAUGUGCCGCUGAUGGUGCAAAAGCAGGACAGAACGGCGGAGAACCUAAACACGGAGCCCUUGAAGCACUUCUGGCUGGUGAAGGACAUGCUGUCGUUCGAGAACAUCGGCUUCUCCCACACCGUGGACGGCAAGAAGUUUCUGGUGUGCGCCGACUGUGAACGCGGACCCGUGGGCUACCACGAGCUGAGCACCAAGCAUUGUUACCUGGCCCUCAGGCGGGUGGUGCACACGGACUAAGUGGAAUUGACACUGGUUGAGAUCUCAAGGCUUCAUCUAUCAUUGAGCGCACAUUGAUUUUCAUUUUUAACCCAGUAAACGUGUGUAUUAUCGAUACGAGUGCGUGGUUUUAGGAAGUGCCGCAAAAGAGCUCUUAAAUAUAUGUUUUACUCUAAGCAAUCCCCUGGCCUGGGCAAUACUGAAGAACAUUACGUUUUUUGUAUUAAUAUUUAUUGUUUUUCACUUUAAACAUUUUACAAUUUUAUCGCAUUAUAAAUAUUGCAUUUUUAGAGGAGAUUUCAUUCUUAACUAAAAAAUUGUCACUAUAAACUGUGUAUUUUGCUAUUUUUUUGAACUAAAAAUCAUGUAUUUGUUGCUUUGGUUUCUGUAACAAGUUUAACAUACAUUUAUGAAUUUU